CAGUUGAGACAGGAGACAGACUGACUUGCGACAUCGAGGCCGGUGGGAUGAGCACCGUCCUCCGAUCAAGAUUUGUCCGAACGCCCGUCAAUGAGCCUUUUGAUUGGCAUGAUCUGAGAGGAUGCCGUUCGGAUUGUGUUCAGUCGGUGCGGACGCGGGCCGGCUUGAACAUGUAUUCGUCCGAAGACUACGGAUCGCGGACUCGCGGAGGUUCAACGUCCGGAUGGCUGGUGCGUCCCACCGAAUUGUCGUCAGUCCGAUAGUCCGCCAUGAUGAUGGGUAUAUGUCGUGCGGCCACAUUGGGAUUGAAGCUCUCAGAUUUGUCUGAACAUCAUUGCACCAAUCAAGCGUCAGACAAUAAAUCAAUUCUUACACGACCAUUAUGGAGACUAUUACCUUUUCCAACGAGUCGCUCAUCAACGCGGCUACGGACAGCCAAGAAGACGGCCAAACCCCUUGGUACUAUGUGCUCGGAACAUGUGUACCACUUGCCAUUCUCGUCCUAUUCUGGAUGAGAGACCAUGGCACCAAGCUCCCGUAUCUCAAUCCCAAAGGACAGUUUGAGUGGUCCUCAGACAGGGUUGUUCGGGAGUUCGUGUUUAACUCCUAUCGAAUGCUGUACCAGCAUGCGAAAGACUUCCUCGGCAAGCCUUUCCGUGUGCUGUGCGAUGUUGGAGAUGUCAUUAUCCUGCCACCUGACGUUGGCCAAGAGAUUCGGAAUGACAAGCGAUUUAGCUUCGUUCAAGGCUUGUUUGAGGACUUCCAAGGACAAUAUGCGGGCUUUGAGGCUUACAAGGAAGCCUGCCACCCUUCUGAACGUAUCCAGAAUGUGGUCAAGCUGAGGCUGACCAAGACCCUUGGCAAGAUUUCGGGCAUUCUUUCGCAGGAAGUUGAAGAAAGCCUAAAGGACACGCUAGGCGACUCGACUGAAUGGCAUGACACGGUGGCCAAACAUGAAAUCCUUAAGAUUGUGUCCCGGAUGUCAUCCCGGAUCUUUGUCGGGAAGCGGCUAGGACGCAACGAGAAAUGGCAGAGCACCAUCGUAGGUUACGUCGAGCUCAGCGUCCACGCGAUGCAGAAUCUCCGCUUCUGGCCCAAGUUCCUUCGAGGCAUCGUGGUGUACUUCCUUCCGGGACCCACGAAGCUGCGCGCGUACAUCAGAGACGCUGAGACGCAAGUCUUUGCGGAGAUCAAGCAUCGCCAACAGGAAGGCAAUUCCGUCGAAGAGUACAACGAUGCCAUCGAGUGGUUCAAGGAGAUGGCCAAGGGACAGAAAUUCAACCCGGCGGUCGCGCAGUUGAUUCUGGCUGGCGUGGCGAUCCAUACUACGGCGGAUCUAGUCACCCAGACUCUCUACGACAUUCUUCAGCAUCCUGAGCUUAUCCAACCUCUUCGAGAAGAAGCUAUUCAAGUCAUUGGCGAGGGAGGAUGGAAGAAGACGUCGCUCUACAACAUGAAGCUCCUGGACAGUGUCCUCAAGGAGAGUCAGCGACUGAAGCCGAACCAGAUCGUGGGAAUGGCCCGUCGCGCCACAGCAGACGUCCAGCUCUCCGAUGGAACGCUCAUCAGCCGCGGCAGCGCGACCGUCGUCUCAGCCGAGCGCAUGUGGGAUAAAAAGAUCUACGAGAACCCGCACGUCUUCGAUGGCUAUCGAUUCUACCGCGAGCGCGGCGGCCCCAACGACGCAGUCAGCCAGUUUGUCAGCACCAGUGUCAACCACAUGGGCUUUGGUCAUGGCAUGCACUCCUGCCCUGGCCGCUUCUUUGCGGGAAAUGAGGCCAAGGUGUUGCUUGCUCAUAUGCUUCUGAAGUACGAUAUGAAGUUCGUCGAGGGCGAGAAGCCGAAGUUCGCAGAGUUUGGGUUCACACGCGAAUCGGACUCGGAUGUCAAGAUCUCGGUUCGUCGACGCAAGGAGGAGAUUGAUAUCUCCGUCCGAGUUGAGGAGGAAUAGGCUCCUACGUAGGCCAAUCUUCAUCAAGGCUCUGGCUUUGAUAUGACUACCGGUCAAGGUAUUUUCAAUACUUUCAGGGAUAGAAUGGCGCAAUGCACUUGUAUUGAGGACAUAAAGUACUAAAGAAGGAUUAGAAUGGA